AUGAACCACCUCCUCAUCAACGUGAGGAAGACCAAGGAGAUGAACCACCUCCUCAUCAACGCGGGGAAGACCAAGGAGAUGAACCACCUCCUCAUCAACGUGAGGAAGACCAAGGAGAUGAACCACCUCCUCAUCAACGUGAGGAAGACCAAGGAGAUGAACCACCUCCUCAUCAACGCGGGGAAGACCAAGGAGAUGAACCACCUCCUCAUCAACGUGAGGAAGACCAAGGAGAUGAACCACCUCCUCAUCAACGUGAGGAAGACCAAGGAGAUGAACCACCUCCUCAUCAACGCGGGGAAGACCAAGGAGAUGAACCACCUCCUCAUCAACGUGAGGAAGACCAAGGAGAUGAACCACCUCCUCAUCAACGUGAGGAAGACCAAGGAGAUGAACCACCUCCUCAUCAACGUGAGGAAGACCAAGGAGAUGAACCACCUCCUCAUCAACGUGAGGAAGACCAAGGAGAUGAACCACCUCCUCAUCAACGCGGGGAAGACCAAGGAGAUGAACCACCUCCUCAUCAACGCGGAGAAGACCAAGGAGAUGAACCACCUCCUCAUCAACGUGAGGAAGACCAAGGAGAUGAACCACCUCCUCAUCAACGCAGGGAAGACCAAGGAGAUGAACCACCUCCUCAUCAACGUGAGGAAGACCAAGGAGAUGAACCACCUCCUCAUCAACGCAGGGAAGACCAAGGAGAUGAACCACCUCCUCAUCAACGCAGGGAAGACCAAGGAGAUGAACCACCUCCUCAUCAACGUGAGGAAGACCAAGGAGAUGAACCACCUCCUCAUCAACGCGGGGAAGACCAAGGAGAUGAACCACCUCCUCAUCAACGCGGGGAAGACCAAGGAGAUGAACCACCUCCUCAUCAACGCGGGGAAGACUAAGGAGAUGGUGGUGGAUUUCCGCAGACGUCACUCUGCCGCUCCAGCUCCAGUGAACAUCCAGGGAAAGGACAUCGAGAGAGUGGACUCUUACACGUACCUGGGUGUUCAUCUGAACCACAAACUGGACUGGACUCAUAACACAGACGCCCUCUUCAAGAAGGGCCAGAGUCGCCUCUACCUACUGAGGAGGCUCAGUUGUAGUUUCUUCCAGUUCAUCCUCAGAGUCUUCUCUUUCUAA